AUGUACUUCAGGCUCAAAUGCAAUAUUUUUCUUAAUUUUCAGACGACUGUGAGACCUAGCAUGCGGAAAACACCCUCCGCCAGACCCACUCAAGACUCAGUGAUCAAUGACUCUACUUUGGGGCGUCCCUCGACAAGGCGCGUGUCAUUCGCUCGCGUCAUAUCGAUUUGGGGAGCUGAUCAUGAAUCGUCACAACUUCCUCUAAGUUCUGUUUCAGAUGAAUUGACCGAAGUUUCCAAGCCAACAGGGUUGGUGUCAAAUAUGGUUUCAUCAGCCGUCUCAGAAAUGUCCGAUAUGUCAGGACUAAUAGACCCAGAAGAACAUCCCCCAGUCAUUUCACAGCUUGUUGAUAUGGAAAUCACGCCUACAGCGUCCAACCAGUCUUUGGAUAUGUCUGUUUGCCCUACCGAUGAGCAAUCGGCGCAACUGGAGCCUAUCUUGUCUGAUAGUGCCAUGGAUAUAAUCUCACCCACAGUUGCCCAUGUUCGUGCAAAGUCUCCUAGCGCCCUGUCUGCACUAUCUCCGACGAACGUGGCGUUCGAAACUAAUCAAUUAACGGAACGUCUGGCUCCGGCCGUAAGAACCCCACCAACUGAAAGUUCUAAAGAGGAUACCAUCACUCCUGUACCAUCAGCUAAGUCGGCGAUUCUUCCUGGAAGUGCACAAGCACCGUUGUCAACCAGACCACUCAUUUAUAGUCUCCCUCCUCUUCGGCGACAUCCGGAUAUGUCCACGUUGGAGGUUUCUCGUCUUCAUUCUUCCAUGAAUCCGCAUAGUAAAACCGAUAAUCGGAUCCUCAGGGCUAGAAACAGAGAUCUUGGUGGACAGCAAGGGAAGUUAGGUGAUAACCUGAUGACCCAUAGCUUGGCUGUUACUCCUCUUCGACAAGUGUGCCCUAACGAACGGAUUCAAGGAGGUGCAUCUUUGCUCAUGGACAACAGCCGAUUGGACCCUGCACGACUGAUACCGGCAACAUCUCGACUGCAUAACUAUUUAAUGGAUAUGUCCUCCUAUCCGUUGUGUGAAGACCCUUCUGGUGAUGUUCAAUUGUCCGAAAUUUUCUGGACCCGUCAGCCGGUGUCGAUGGACAAGGAGAAUCUGCCCGUACCCACAUUUCCAGACAAUUUAGAGGAACUGAAGUGUUGUAAGCUGUCCAAAUUCGUCGCCGAGGCACGUGAGCGAUUUUUUCAGCUGGAGUCAGUCGCAAAGCAGGAAUAUUUGGAUCAACUAGAGGAGGAUACUGUUGACUAUAGAAAUGAACAAAAGUGGGAAAUGGACUGCCUAGCCAAGAUGCAAGAAGAAAUUAACCGAGAAAGUCAAAGUUUAGAGGAACAGCUGAAGGAAUUGGAUUCUGGCCUAGAGGCAGUAGAGCAAGAAGUCCGGAAUCUGACGCUUCAAAUGGAAAAAAUGACCGAAGAACAUACCCAAAUGAGUAGAGAACUGUUUGAGAGGCUGUCAAUGUCAUGCGCCCCCGAAAGGCGUUGUCGUGGACCAGUUACUUUUGCUGUUGGAGCUAAAGACCUCUUCAAUCCAUUGGAUAAUAACCACAGUUUAGACCCCCCAGAUGAUGACCCAGGAGAAGUUGCUCAGGAAAUCGCAAAACUGUGA